GCCAAGAUUGUGAGUAUCUGAUCGGCCGCUGAAGCGGGUCUGACCGCGGGGAGGGGAGGACAGGGCUGCCGGUCCCCCCCUCCUGGUCUCCAGUCAGCGGCGGGGCUUUUCCUCGCUCCGCGGUGUGUUGAGGAAAAGGAGAGGUCCGAGGCAGAAGGGGGGAUGACAUGCAUGUGUCCGGCCUGCUAACAUCGCUGACGACUCGCACACUAACCGACUGCCCGCCCUCACAACAUGACGGACGUACUGUACACAGGUCCGAUCCCGGCCGAGCGAGGGGGCGAGCUGGCCAUGGGGGGAGGUCGCAGCGAGACCUCUGCACUGAGCGGGACGGGAGGGGGGCGGGCCAUGACCACUACCCAGAAUUCCCAACGGCCCAACGCCUGCUGCUUCUGCUGGUGCUGCUGUUGCAGCUGCUCAUGUCUCACCAUCAGGAAUGAAGACGAGAGACGGAGGCGCAGGAGGAAGAGAAUAUCACAGGACACCAAGAUGGAAACCAUACCAAACUGUGAAGCUUGCACCAAACCCUCAGCAGAGGAGAUCCGGCUCUGGUCUCAGUCCUUCGACAAACUGAUGAGGAACCCGGCGGGUCGAAAUGUUUUCCGGGAGUUCCUGCGGACGGAGUACAGCGAGGAGAACAUGCUGUUCUGGCUGGCCUGCGAAGACCUCAAACAGGAAAUCAACAAGAACAGCAUCGAGGAGAAAGCGCGCUCCAUCUACGAGGACUACAUUUCCAUACUGUCGCCAAAAGAGGUGAGUCUGGACGCCCGGGUUCGAGAGGUGAUCAACAGGAAGAUGCAGGACCCGACGCCUCACGCGUUCGAAGACGCCCAGCUACAGAUCUACACGCUGAUGCACAGGGACUCCUACCCACGAUUCCUCUCCUCCAACAUCUACAAGUCGCUCAUUCACGGCGGCUCGCGUACCUCCUCCGAGUCCUAGUCCACCUUUCCUCCUCUGAUCCUGAUCCUGCACUAAACGGGAUCGACGCCAGACCAUUUCACCGCUUCACCCUCACACAGACUUUUCCAGAAAUGAUCAGUUCACGUCUCCGAACCCAAAUCUGUCAGAUUACUGCCAAGACUCUCUCCUCACUACUUUUUUUUUUCUCCUCCACAUCCUGAACUUUUCGGUAGUGUUGCCAACACGUCGUCCUUCUCCUGUUUCCUCUACUCAUCACUUCUCUCCAGCUGAAUCCUCUCCCCUGAUCCUUCCUCCGUCUAUAAGAUGAGAACAUAACGUGCCGUUAAAACAACCACAAAUCAGAAAACAGACGUCUUAAAAUUCUAAAUUUGACUAUUUUAUACCGAUGAAUGACAUAAAUAUUAUUUCCUCACGGUCUUCCUCAGUGGACGGAGUUUGCACUGUUUUAACAUCCUGAGCGAACUCUGUCCUCUGAGGACGGAAGUAAAAAAGCAAAGUAAGUGGACCUUGAGUCAGAGUGAGCCACCGAUCACGAUAUCGAUACCGAAUCCAACAUCAACAAAUCUCGCUGACGCGGGUCUGUUAUCACUGCUAAACUUGUCAGUGCUUGGCGGUGACACUGGUUUUAAAUUUCAAACAUAUCUUUGGAAUUUCUGUGCCGAAAUCCUCGUUAAUUAUCGGCUCACUGAUAUAUCAGCUGUGAGCUCACGUUGGCCCACUUGGUCUAAAAAUUUAUUUUCUACUGGACGUUUUUCUUCAUCCUUCAUCUUUCCACCUUUCCUCCUCCUCCUCCUCCUCCUCCUCCCCUCGACUCACCUCCUCCUGAACGGAGAAGGAAGCGCUCUGGAUGUUGAAAUAUUUCUUCUGGGAUAUCGUCUGCUGUUAUGUGGAGACGCACGUGGUUACUUUGGGAGAUUUUGAUACAUUUCAAGGGGAGAAACUCUCUCUCUCACACACACACACACACACACACACACACACACACACACACCUGUGCCAUGGAUUUUUACUGAAUUGCCCCUCCCCUCAUGACCGUCCAAUCACCUUUAAGAGCCAGUUAAAGGUGGACUUCCAACCACCUCAUCGCCUUGUUUUCACCCGGCGGUCAUCCACGUCGGGACUGACGGAGGGGCAGAAGAAAAAGAUAGACGCUGUCUGACUCCGUCUCUCUUUCUUUGUUUCUUUUUCUCUCUUUCAACUGGAAAACACAGGGUGCUCCCUCCAUCCAUCCAUCCCCCCAGCUACAAACCACAAAACAAGUUUGUGUCUUCUUUUUUAUCGUUAAUUUAACCCCCCCCCUCCCUCGUUUGCUGGAUCAAUCAUUUCACUCCUGUGACAAACAAAAAACGGACGAACGGAUGGAUGUCACGUCCUUCCGACUACUGAUUUACAAACAGACGAGACGUCUAUUUUUUAAGAGAAAACUGUACGAGACAUUUUCAUGAUGUUGAUUUUUGUUUAUUUGGUUCCUUCCACUCGAUCCCCUUCCUGGAUUUUAUUUUAUUUUUUCUUUUGCAAGAAGAGGAGGAUUCCUCUGAGACUGUACUGAUCCCCCCCCCACCCGACACAACACCACAGACACCACAGACAGGUGCAAUAAAACACUGGAGUUUGGAAAAACAACACACACACACACACACACACACACACACACACACACACUCACUGAGUUUGUGUUACUAUACUUCAGGGUCUCUUCACGUCUACUUUUACCUGUGCUGUUCCUCUUUUUCCCAGUAACGUGUUAAAUGAAGCGAUGAUGCACUCUGACCCGUGAAGUUACAACAAAAUAACGCACCCCAUGGAGUGUGUCACUUUUCAUAGCCACCACGGAAACUGACAAUUAUCUAAAACACAGUAAAUGUUUAUUCACAGUGAGGAUAAUUAGUCGAUUCAUGAUUUGAUUCAUUGAUUAGCUUUUCAUAUUUCUGUUUUACAUGAUUUUAAAUUGAAUAUCUUUGCAACUCUUUUUAGAACUGAAUAUGAUUUGCAUUUUUCUCAAUUAUUUUUUUAUUUUUUUAUAUUUCGUGACUAAAGGAUCAAAAAAUAAUUAGCAGAUUAAUCGAUGCAAAACAUGGCGAGAUGACGAAACUUGAAAUGAUGUGGAGUUUUAAAACUAGAAGUCCUCAUAAGUGUAGUAACACAAACAUACACACGUAGAUAUACAUACACAAUACAUGCGCGCACACACACACACACACACACACACACACACACACACACACCAGGGUGGCCUACCUGGGCACUGCUGCUGCUGACCUCUGCCUCUGUGACCUCUCACCUUUGACCUCACCACUGUCUGUCGCCCACUCGGACACCUGCUCCUGAUUGGCUGCAGGGAGGCUGCAGGGCUGAACUGUGGUUGGUCGAUUCAGGAAGGGGGGUGGGAGGAAAUCCCAGGUGCAAAAAAAUAUAUAUAUAUAAAUAUAUAUAUAUAUAUAUAGAUAUAUUAAUGAAAAACAACUAAUAAAAAAUAUAUAGAGAAAAAAAAGAAGAUAUAUGUGAGAUGGGACGCUUACACCCAGUGCUUCAUGGGAAAUGUAGUUUGAGGAAAACAAAUGUUUGUAGUUGUCUGCACAGGCAGAAACGACAGAUUUAAAAAAACAAAAAAAAGAUGCCGAGGUCUUAACCGGACUGAUCGCUCAGAAUGCAUUUAUCUUAGUAUUGUUAAUGUUAUUUAUUUUAUAUUUUGUUAAAACUGUGAUUUUAAUUGUACAUAUAUAAACGGAAACCCUUGAACAUCCAA